AUGAUCACGCCGCCUCGUCAAACGCGGCGCGCGCUCACCCGCAAUUCGCCCUCUUCAUUUGGCCGUGCAACCAGCGCCUCAUCCGCCGUCUCACCAGCACGGUCAGUUCAGACACCUACAAGAUCCUCGAUACUCGAUGCUUCCCCAUCUGGCAGCGUCCUGCCGACACCAGAAAAGGCGGCUUCGGACACUUUGUCUGCUUCUACAUCCACCAUCGCCACCUCUAGCACCCCAGACAGCAUCCGCACUACGCACUCCGAGCUCGCUCCAAUCAUUCCAUUCUUUCCAAUGCACUCGUCACGUGGCCACCAUUCAGGAGACUGGACUGCUGACGAUCUGUCGUUGGGCGCAAAUGGCGAGGCGUCUCAUGCCAGGCCCGAUUCUGUUGCCAGACGGUCUGUAUCGGACGCUCGCUUCGACGCUGGCAAAAGGGCCGGAGGCUGCUACGACCACUUUCUGCUAGGAGGUGCGAUUCCAUUUGACGAUGUCUUUGCUCCAUCAUACCCGCCUUUGGUCUUACCCGCACAUCCUGCAACACCACUCGCAACGAGGAUGCUGAGCGCGCACUCUACCUCCGACAUGUCGCCAAUGUCUUCUGCUAAGGAUGCGACACCAGAGCUAGAGACGCAGCAAGCUGUCGCGCCAAUGUCAGUCUUCGAUUACGCUUACCGUCUGCGAACUUCCGCAACAGUCCCCGCUGGCCGCAUCGUUCUACGCGGACACGAGCCCAAAGCGGACACAGUGAUAGCCUCUUCCCAGUCGAUGCCUCUCCUCGACAUUGUUCACCCUCGCGACCGCAACUUGGCGAGUCUCGUGGAAGAAUCUGAGCCGCCAUCUCCCGUUCAGAACGACUCGUCACUAGGUCAAGCAAUGUAUGCUGCUGCUUUAUCAAGAUACGCGGCUCUGGGACGAUCCAACAGCCAGGCCAGUGCGCGCACGCGCCACAGCCGCAUCCUCGUUCGGCCUAGAACUCCGCCACCGAGACCAGUCAGGCUCAGACCAGUGUCGACGUUGAGAUCUAGCCCGACAAGAAUGGCGAACAAGUACACGUCCAACACAUCGACACGAGUGAAGAGGCGCUCGCUGGGCGAGUCGGUGGUAUUAGCUGACAGCGCACAGGCUUUCAAAGACGUCUCUACGACGCGUAGCCAAAUUGAAGCGGAUUCGAAUCGUCGAGUGGAUCUUUGCGCUGGUGACUUUGCGACGUCUGCACUAGGUCGUCCUAUCGCGCUUUCAACUCGCGGUGAGUGAUUCAACGGAGGCUGCAAGCCGACGCUUUGUCGUGAAGCUGCGCACUGACCACUCUUCCGCUACCCGCAAUCACAGAGAGCGUGACAAGCUCCCCCGAGCCACGUUUUACGCUAAAGAGAAAAUCGGUGCCCGUCUUUGUGGAGGAAGAGGAGCAGAGUAUCUCGCAGUCUCGUGAGACACUGCCAGCGGUUGUGAUCGGUGCAUCCGAGGCAAAGGUAGCGCCCGACCCUAGCAAACCGCCUCCGCUGCCUCCCAAAUCGACCGCUCGAAAAUCGCGGCCAGCGAGUCCGGUCAGAGGCUCUAGUCGCGCCGGGGCGCACGAGCAACCCAUUUCCAAAAUCGGCGAACCGUGCCAAGAUCCAACGCCGCUUGUCUCGCAGGCUACGUUCGAUGCGCGCAAGUCAAUGCUGGAUCCGUCGCGCGCAACACAGUUGCAAAGCGAAUUGCAGCCGAGUCCAAUUGCUGCCGAGGCUGAUCUCAUCUUCGGCUCCGCAAUCUGGUCGAGUGCACCGCGGAUGGAAACGCUCCAGGGUCGGCAUGUCGCUACGAAUCUCCUGCCUCGAGAGUUUGUGCACGGUGAUCCUGAUCCAGCGGCAAAUUCGAACGACGCGGGCUAUACGAAGCUCGGACGGAGGUCAUGCGCGCAAACGCCGAGCCGUAAUGCGAUGGCCAGCUCCGAGAUCACAAGCUGGCUUCAACAGCACGACAACGUGAUGCAAGCACGAAGCGAAGCACCAAUGGCUCUAGGCACCUCCGUUGAGCGCGCUGCAACACCGGGUCAUCUCGAAGUGAUGGGCUCGCGGGUCACGCCUGGCGCGACAUUGCGGGAGAAAGGGUUGUCCGACUUGCCAUGGCUGACUGAUGCCCCCCUGAGCACCUCUACUGAUGAGCGAAGGACAACGGAGGAUGCUAGUCCAUCGUUUCCCAACAAAGCGCAUAGCGACACAGCGGCCAUACGUGUCGACAUCGAGCAAGCCGCACCUAGCAAAGCUGGUGUUCCUGGUUCGCAAGUGAAUGCCGGCGGUGUCGAUGAUCUGCUCAUGCCAUCAAGAUCGAAAGACGAUGUGCAGGCCAUUCUCAACGACUUUGCGUCAGAGAUGAAGGCUCUCUCCUCGACGAGAGCACCGGCUACGGAGGAAACGCCAGUGAAGGAUGCGCGCGAUGACCAUGCCGAAACGCUCACGUCCGGAAGUAAGUCGGAUCAGUUCAUUCGUCAGCCGUCGAGCGGCGGCAGCAAGACCAAAAAGCGGGCACCAGAGAACUCCCAGCGUGCAACACAGCAUUCAAAGGCGCACCCGGAACGAUCUGCUUCUGUGCGAACUGCCACCUCGUCAAAGAGUCGCAAGAAGACGAGCGAGGCGCGGACUUCGACGCAGCGGUCGGCCAUAUCGAUGGAAGAUCUGGUCAGCAUUACUAG